UCAUCCAAGUCAGCAUCACGGAUAUUUUCGUUCCACUCUGCUUUUGAAGUCACCAGUAACUCCUCGUGGGACUGAAUGCAAGAAAUAUUCAAAGAAGUAAUUGUGCUGUGAAUGAAGGCUUAAAGUGCAAUCCUGAAGCCGGGGUGUGGAUUUCUGUGCUGGGGGUGGCAUUCUGGAAAUCUCAGGUAUCAGCACUAUCAUAUCAGGAGAAUGAUAACGAGAUACAUUUAUAAAAGGGUACUGUAACUGAGCCGAAUGACACAUCCUAUUCCUACUUCUUAGCACAUCUACGAGGUACAAGAUCACACCAAAGAGAAGUAUGUCGUGCAGCGUAGUGAAGUCCUUUCUGGUGAGCCUAUCCCGGAGGAAGCCCCUCGAGCCCGACGGGGAAGAGUCCACCUUCAAUCGAUGCCUGACCACUCUGGACUUGGUGGCCCUCGGUGUGGGCAGCACCCUGGGGGCUGGUGUCUAUGUCCUCUCUGGAGAGGUGGCCAGAGACACCGCGGGACCCAGCAUCAUCAUCUCCUUCUUCAUCGCUGCCCUGGCCUCUAUAUUUGCUGGGCUAUGCUACGCAGAGUUUGGUGCCCGGGUUCCUAAAACAGGCUCAGCAUACCUUUACAGCUAUGUGACGGUGGGAGAGCUCCUUGCUUUUAUCUCUGGCUGGAAUCUGCUGCUCUCCUACGUCAUAGGGACAUCGACUGUUGCACUGGCAUGGAGCGGAACAUUUGAUGAACUCAUUGGGGGAGUCAUGUCAAAAUACUUUGCAGAAAAUGCUGCCAUGGGCCUGCCUGGCUUAGCUCCUUACCCAGAUGUCUUUGCUGCAGCUCUGAUCGUGCUCUUGUCAGGUCUCCUGUCUUUUGGAGUCAAAGAGUCAACGAUGAUCAACAAGAUCUUCACAGCGAUCAACAUCCUGGUGCUGCUGUUUGUGAUCAUUUCUGGAUUCAUCAAAGGAGACAUCUCCAACUGGAAAAUCAGCAAGGAAGAUGUGUUAAACGCCACUGCCAUAAACGGAACUGACAUUGCUAAUGCAACAAGCGAGUUUGGAGUGGGCGGAUUUUUCCCCUAUGGCUUUGGUGGAACCGUGGCUGGAGCUGCAACAUGCUUCUAUGCUUUUGUUGGAUUUGACUGCAUUGCUACAACAGGAGAGGAGGUGAAGAACCCGAAGAAAUCUGUCCCUAUUAGCAUUGUGGUCUCAUUGCUUAUAUGUUUCCUGGCCUACUUUGCUGUGUCUGCUGCUCUCACCCUUAUGAUGCCAUACUACCUGCUAAGUGAAACGAGCCCACUGCCAAUAGCCUUUGACUACAUUGGAUGGGGUCCUGCCAAAUAUGCCGUGGCUGUGGGUUCACUGUGUGCCCUGUCAACUAGUCUGCUAGGUUCCAUGUUCCCGAUGCCUCGAGUACUUUUUGCCAUGGCGAGAGACGGGCUGCUUUUCAAACCUUUGUCCAAAGUCACCUCCAGAGGCAGUCCAGCAAUAGCUACUAUAUCAUCUGGCAUUGUGGCAGCCAUCAUGGCUCUACUGUUUGAUCUGAAUGCCUUGGUGGAACUGAUGUCCAUUGGUACUCUGUUUGCUUACACACUCGUGGCAGUAUGCAUCCUGAUACUGAGGUACCAGGUGGGUCCAUCUGAAGACACAGAACUUAAGAUCACAGAAUCAAAGAAAAAGUUUAGCUUCUUCAAACCUCCAAAAACACCCAACUCUUCCACAGCACGAACAGUCACGCUCUUGACCAUAUUUUCUAUUCUGUGCAUUCUUGCACUGUGCAUUACUCUGAGCCAAGGCAUGGAAGCUCUUGCCAACACUCAAGCAUGGAGCAUCGUGCUUGUCUGUAUCUUUGGAGUGCUCCUGCUGGUCAACUUGUUCCUCAUCUGGAGACACCCAGAGAAUCCCACGAAGGCAUCGUUCAUGGUACCUUUAAUCCCUCUUCUGCCCUUACUGAGUACUUUAAUCAAUGUCUACCUGAUGGUGCAGUUAGGCGGUCAAACAUGGAUCCGAUAUGCUGUCUGGAUGCUAAUAGGGUUACUUAUCUAUUUUAUCUAUGGAAUGCGUAACAGCGUCCAGAGGAAGCGACUCAUGACCGACCACGCAGAGAUCGAAACAGUCAGCGGCAAAACAGACAAGGAUAGUAUGAAAGAAGAGAAAUUCUGAGCUCAAUCGGGGUGAAGACAGAUAAACUGAGAUGUUACAGUGAGCGACUUGCUUUAACUUAUAACCACUGCUUGAGAUGCACCGGUGCUGCUGCCUUUCAGCAGUCUUCAAUCUACGACAGCACCGAAGCAAAUGGCCUGAUAACUUGUUAACUUGAUGGUUUAUUACAUCCUAACGCAGUCUGUUUGUUAUCUAAAUGGUCCAAAAUGAAACACUCCCUAAGAUAUAUUUGGACCGAGAAGAUCUUCACUUAUCACUGAUUUUCACAUUGUUGUUAAGGAUAUUUAUCUGUAUAUCUUGUCGUAUUAGUGAGCCUGUUCCAAAGAAAAAAUAUUCUGUAGAUUAUUUGCUUUUAUGAUUCUGACAUAACAGGUUUACACUUUUCUUCUCAAGUGCAAAAUGUAAAUUAUUUUCAUUUCAGUUUUGCAUUAUUUUAAUUUUAUUUUAAUAUUUUUUUUUAAAUA